GGUUAUUAUUUUUUUUGUCUAAAACAGGGAGAGUAUAUUGCUCCAGAGAAGAUCCAGAAUGUAUAUUUACGCAGUCCGUUUGUUGCGCAGGCCUUUGUCACUGGAAACAGCUUUAAGAUUUGUUCACAAUAUUUUUAAGCAUUGAAGCUAAAUAGCAGCUUGAAUGAACACAUUCUUCGUUUCCAGUCCUUCUUAGUUGCCAUUAUUGUACCAGAUGCUGAAGUGAUAGAAGCCUGGGCCAAAAAAAAUGAAGUGAAGGGAGACGUGAAACAGCUUUGUCAAGAUAAGGUUAGUAAAUUUACAGAGGGGGUGAGGGGUUAAAGGUGAGGGGUCCCGAGGGUCGGGGGUUGUAGUCUUAAGUGAUUAAUGUAAAUGAGAAAGGCCCGUAAUAUUAUCCCCAGGCUUUCUCAUGCAAGCUGAAGUUGAAUCAACCACAGGUUAACACGGUCGUAGCCAGUUGAAUGGGGUCAAACGCCAGUAAUUUUUUUCGUCUUUGAUUUUCUCCAGAUAUCUUUAAUUUAUUGCUUAUUUAUUCUUUCAUUUAUUUCUGCUUUUCUUUUUCGUUUGUUUAUUUGUUUGCUUUUUUUUGCAGUUUUCCAUAACUGAAAGAUGAUUUAAUUUUUCACUUUUUCAGAACUCCCUCCUCAUUAAUGUUCAAUGAUAAUCUAACAUAAAAAGCUGGAAAGUUUCUUUUUUCUUUUAUGGAAACGGAGUUAGCUGAGCACAUAACUGUGACUUUCCUUUCAGAUUAUAAAUAAAGUUAUAUUGGAAGACAUCUUGGCCAAGGGAAGAGAAGGAGAUCUUAAUUCAUUAGAACAGGUUAGGGUGUACGUCAUAAAUUUAUUUACUCGUAGGUGACAAUGUCUGUUAGAUGUGGGGAAUGCUACUGGUAAUGAAAAGAGUCCGGUUUGAAGUGGUUUUCUACACGAGAUAGCUUAACUCAAGGGACUUUUUCUUUAACUUUCCCUUUACGCCAUAAACAGAAGGAGUCUCCACGGCAACCAACAAACUUAAUUGUACCGAAUAAAAAGUCUCUAUAUUUCGAGAGCAUGGACGAAAAAAAAUUCGUAUUUCCUAAAAAUGAAAACGGAAGCCAUCCUUAUAUAGUACAAUAA